AUGUCAUUUAAUGUUCUAAUUCUGGGAGCCACUGGUCUCUGCGGCUCUGCUAUUUUGAAAUUCGCUGCUAAGGAACCUUCCUUUGCAACUAUUUUGACCAUAACAAGGAGAGAAAUAAAGGAUUCCUACGACGCAAGUAAAGUCAAAAACGUUAUCGCAAAGAGCUCCGAUUCGUGGGCUGACUUGAUACCAAAAGAUGUCAACAUCAUGUUUUCAGGACUCGCCACCACUAUGGGUGAAGCUGGCAAGGAUAAUUUUUACAAAGUAGACCACGAUUUAAACGUCGAGCUUGCAAAGCGUGCCAAGAGCCAAGGUUGUAGCACAUAUGUGCUUGUGAGUUCCGUCGGGGCUAACGAAAACUCUAGCUUUUAUUAUAUGAAAACCAAGGGUGAGAUUGAGCGGGACAUUUUGGCUUUGAACUUUGAUAAGACUAUUAUUCUACGUCCCGGACCGCUCAUUGGGCAGAGAGACAAAGACAAAGGUUUCAUGAACGGACUAUCCGCCAAACUUGGACAACUUCUGUACAAGACAAGAUUACAGAGACUAUUGAGUUACCCAGCUUCGGGCGAAGACGUGGCGAAAGCGGGAGUCAAGUUGGCAGUCGACCAUUCGCGCACCUCGAAGAUUCAAAUUAUCGAGAGCAAGGAAAUUCUUGAAUUGGCAUCCGAGGCUGCCUAA